AUGGCUACUGCAACAGAAGAUGGUCAACCCGAUGCUGCUAUGGAGGAAUUGUUGAACGAAGCGCACCAUUUAGUUUCUGAAAUUAAACAGCUGGAGAGCAAAGCUGCACAUUACAACUCAUUGGCAGAACAGAUACAUGUAGAAGAAACCACUGGAAUCAAAGAACUAGCAAAAUCUCGGAAAUUGGUCAAGGAGUUUACCAAAAGAGCCGAGAAAACUCUCAAGUCGCCAGAUGCACCUGUAGAGCUUGGAGAGAGCUUGGCCAAGCUCGAACGCAAACUGAAACAACUCGAAUUUCAGUAUCCUCGUCCUCCAUCGUUUAUUCUCAGAUGGGCUUUAGGAACAUCAGGGCCUUUCGUGCUCAAGCCUUUGAAGCUGAGGCUUGCAUACAAGCAGGAGUAUGAGUCAUUCAAGCUCAACAUGACCAUUUUGUCAACCAUACUGGCUGCAUUGAAUUGGUUCUUUCUGGACAACAGAGUCGUCGACGCACUUCAUUCUUUUGUAUUGCUGUAUUAUUACAGCACAGUGACGCUCAGAGAGCUUAUAUUGCUGGUGAAUGGCUCCAGGAUACGGAACUGGUGGCUGAUGCAUCAUGUUUUAUCGGUGGUGCUUAUGGGAGCCAUAGUGAUAUGGCCGAAAACGUAUUGCUACUCCUCAUUCAGAACUUCCUUUCUCCAAUUCUCUAUAACGCUGGGAGUCAUUCAGUACUUGCAGUAUCGAUACCAGAUUCACCGAUUAUAUGUAUUGAGAUCACUCGACCUGGCUGGACCAAUGGACGUAGUUGGAGAUGGACUCCACGUACAGCAUUUGGAGCGAGAUCUUGCCUUGUUGAUACCCUUCGUUCUGGCUGGUCAGCUAUUCCAACUGUAUAAUGGAUAUCAAUUGGGUCAGCUAUGGUGGUCUGGUGUUUGUACUGAAACUCAUACCCCGGUUGCCGCAUUGCUGUUUUUUGUGCUUGGACUAGGCAACGCAUUCACAACCAUCAAAACGUACUUGUCAAGGAGAGGAGCGGAUCGCAAGAACCUGAUGGCAAACUACUAUUCGCCUCUGAGCCCUGUUGGACGAGUUGGUAGCUCUGAUAAUAUCAGAGCAUCAAACAGAUCCAGCAGUAGUGACAGACUGCAUAGAUCAUCAAGCUCUGACAAACUCAAGUCGGUGUCACUGGCAAUGACUGCUAUCUCACCAGAAAAGAAGGAAGAGAAGAAGGAAUUGUAA